AUGCCGCUCUCCCCGGAUGUGUGGGUAUCUUGCAUAAAUCGAACUGAAGUAGAACGGACUGAUGCAGGUAAUGGCAGAGGAGAAAAUUGUAUAAAAACAGUAACUUCAGUCCAACUAAAACAUACUUUAUGCCCAAAGGUUCUCUUGUUUUGUUUCCCAACCACCACCACUCCUUUCGCUGCAGAGGCACAGCUUCAUCAAGAGAUUCAGGAAUACUUUGGGAGUGGUGAUGCAACUGAGCUUGCAGCCAAGCCAAAGAGAAGUUUCUAUGCAGCAAGAGACUUAUACAAGUACCGGCACCAGUAUCCACAGAACUUUAAAGAUCUUCGAUAUCAAAAUGACUUGUGUAAUCUCCGCUUUUACAAAAAUAAAAUCCCCUUUAAACCUGAUGGGGUUUAUAUUGAAGAAGUCCUAAACAAAUGGAAAGGAGACUAUGAAAAACUGGAACAUAAUCACACUUACAUACAGUGGCUUUUCCCCCUGAGGGAACAAGGUCUGAACUUCUAUGCUAAAGAACUAACUACAUAUGAAAUUGAGGAAUUCAAGAAAACAAAAGAAGCAAUUAGAAGAUUCGUUUUGGCUUACAAAAUGAUGUUGGAGUUUUUCGGGAUAAAGCUAAUUGAUAAAACUGGAAAUGUAGCACGAGCUGCUAACUGGCAAGAGAGAUUCCAACAUUUAAAUGAGUCUCAACACAACUACUUGAGGAUCACUCGAAUUCUGAAAAGCCUUGGUGAACUUGGAUAUGAGAGUUUCAAAUCUCCCCUGGUAAAAUUUAUUCUUCACGAAGCUCUUGUGGAAGAUACCAUUCCAAAUAUUAAGCAAAGUGCUCUAGAAUAUUUUGUGUAUACUAUUAGAGACCGAAGAGAAAGGAGAAAGCUUCUGAGAUUUGCCCAGCAACAUUAUACACCAUCAGAGCAUUUUAUCUGGGGACCGCCAAGAAAACAGAAGUCAGAAGGAAGCAAAACAAGUAAAAAGCCAGCAUCUCCAAUUUCUGUUCAGAAUAGUUACAUUUCUAAGCAUAAGAAGCUGAAAGAUCCUAAGACUACAUCCACAAGUGGAAUCUCAACUAGUAAAACAACUGAAGAAAGGAAAGUAGAACUCUCAAAAAAUGGGGAAGGAAACGAACAGGAUGAACAAGAAAUGAAUUGUGAUUCUGGUAGGCAGAACAACAGCGAAAAGAACAGUGAUACUGAUACUAGCCAGCAUUCCAAAUCAGAAGAUAUACCUGAUACUUCAGACACAAAGGAGGACACUUCUUAUUCCAAAAAAGAUGAUGAAAAUCUGAACAAUGACUGUGGAAAUCAUCCAGGUACUAUAGAUAAAGAUUUAUGUGACAGUGAGAAUCGUUUGAAUAAUAUGUCAGCAGAUCCACAGGACAACCUCGAUAAGGAUACACUUUCAGGGGAGACCAACACAAAAAACAAAGAUGAGAUAAAAUCAUGAGUCUGAAGUUGAAAUCCAUUAUGUUUCAUAUUGAAUGAAGCAAAAUAUUCAUUGCUCUUUCAUUUUGGGUGAGACUUACAUCUGAGGUAGCAUAGAAGGUCAGGAGACCUUGGUGGGUAUGAAUGCGUUGCUUAAAUUGAUAAUUUUUUUUAACCUCCAUUUAUCAGAUGUAAAGCAAGUGUGGCUAUUUAAAGCAAUUGUGUAAGUUCAAAGCCUAGAAAUUCAUUAUAUUUUCCAGAUAGAUUGCAGUUUACAUAGAAAACUUAUGUAACUUAUUAGGAACUCUUGGGACAUCAGAAUCUUUAAGUUUUUUAAAUAUAUGUUUUAAGGAUUGAUUUCCUUUUAUGGAAUGGCUGGAAAUUAUUUUAAGAACAUUGUUUUUUGAUGGUGGAUGUUAGGAUUUUUGCUUGUAUUCAAGGGCAGUAUUUGCACAGCAUCUUUUACCUUAGAUUCGCACCCUUGUCUGAGACACUAUAUAAUGCGUAUCAAAACAUCCCACAGAUCUAGGCAUCAUUUUACAUUGAAUAAAAGUUUAACUUACGAUGAAACUGUAUCCAAAGCAUUUGGGUAUGAGGGAAGCUGCACUUUAGACUCUUUUAGUCCUUUUCAGAUCCUCUCUUCUCAUGACUCAUUUGCUACUUCUGCUAAUUUGGUGGGGAAUCACUUUUGUCAGUCUUAGAUUUGAUCUCAGUUUGACAGCUCUCAUUUAAUCAACUGUAGUAAAACAACUCACCCAGCUGUGUUUGGUUUCUGUAAACCCUCUUCCCUGGGGGUCAGUCACCAACCGCUCAGAAGCAAUGUCUUUGCAAUGCUGAAACCACUGUUUGGGUGAGAAGGGCUCUUUUCUUUCAGCUGUCUGCUCUCUCCCUUUGCUCUUUACUUAGGGGUCUUUUGCACUUAUAUUUUGAUCAAUAUUUAAUGUUAUUUUAGGCUCAGACCUGAGAAAAGCCAAUCUGCUAGCCUAGCUAGAGUCCCACAGAUAGGAAUUUCCUAAUUAAGAGCUUUCCCAAUUUUGUUCCCUCAAGGACCAUCUGCUUUCCCCGAACAGCCUCUUUUGACUUCAUUCCAUUCAGUCAAGCAGGAUUAUAUCCAGCUAGUUAAUUGUAUACAAUAUGAAUUUAAAAAUAAUGCAGCUAAAAUUCAGAUUUUAUAUAGUCCUAAGAUAGUCUUUAAAAUUUGUUCGUAUUUCUGUUUAAAAGGGUAUGUAUUAUCCGCUGCCUUUAAUGUAUUUUUAAUGAAAUGUUGUGAUGCUGGUAGCUGACUGCAGUUUGAGUGUCAGAGUACUGCAGGAUUUUAUUCAAGUCUAGUAACUUAAAAUGACAAAGGCUUCAGGGGUUUCAAAGCGUAGAUGAAAUGCCUUGUAUUUUUCUGUUUCACUAAUUCCAGUUCUGGCAGUGCAUGCGUCCCUUGCUCUCCCCAGGUAGCACCAUCUCUUGAGGUCAGAGUGGCAGUUCGAGAUUUUGGUUCCCAUAGGCUCAGGAUUUUACCAUCUGAGGAGGUAGGGAAGGAGCAAAACACGUUCUUCAUUCUUCUGCGCUGACUUGUAAGAAGAGGAACAUAUGUAUGUGGAUUUUCUUAGGGGUAACCCAGGUUGCUCAAGCAAGAGUUGAGACUGAAGCAAAAUGCCCCAGAGAAUUACCCUGCACAGCCACCACCACUGGAGAGCUGGAAAGCUGCUGAGGAACCUCUCAGAUUGCUCUGGCCUUGAACUAGGAUCCCCUCCUUCAUAUUCCCCUCUGAUCUUUAGUGCAGGAGAUGCUUAUUAAAAAAAAAAAAAAAAAAAAGUCUAUAUACUUAAAGACUCUAACCUUACUCAUAUGCACAAGGAGGACAAGUUUAUGUUCUGCCUACAACUUUUUAAAUCUUGAGUGCCUAACUGCCAGCUUAAUACCAUUUAUUUUAACAUAAUUAUUUCUUGAAUGGCAUAGGGAAAGUUUACACUCUGUUAUGAAGAACUGUAAGGUAGCUAGCUAUACAGAGCCUUCAGUUUGUGGAUGUUCUGUGUUAAGGUUGAACAUUUAAAUAAGUACAUAGUCUUCGAGUGAAAUGGGGAAUGCUGAGGGGUGUUAUUUUGCUUUUAUUGUAAUUUGACUGAAUAUAGAUGACCUCAGGAGAUCUUUAUUCUUUUGUCCACUGGACAAAAAAAUGACAAGAAAUUUGUAUUUAAACCAGAAAGUUCUUGGGAUGUGCAUCCGAUGGAUUUAUCUGCAGAAUAUUAUUCUGUCCUUGUGACACAACUUUCACCUAGGUGUGUUUGCUGGAUCCAUUAUUAAGUAUUUAGAAUAAAAACAUUUUUUUUUUCUGGCAGCUCUAAGCCCCCAGCAUACCUGAAAAUAUGGUCGAGAUCUUUGGAACUAUAUCCUGAUUAAUUCUUUUAUUACUAUUUUUUUUUUCAAUCUCUGGCUUGGGAUAUCAGUUUUCUUAAAGGUGAGAGCAGUGGUGACCUAUCAAUUGCAUACAAAGAACUACAGGAUAAGGGAAAUGAGGGUUUUUUGUGUUGGAUGACCUCCUGCGUUCUGUAAUAUUUGGCUUUUAGAUUUAUCAGUUGAAUUAUUCCUACAGGGCAUUUCAGCUUUAACUGCCAUUUUCUGCUCUACGUAAAAUGUGAUGAUUUGUCAUUAUUUUUAUGGCAGAGAUGUUUUUUCUGAUUUUUCAAAUGCUUAAAAGAAUGAUUCAUUGCAGGGCAGUCAUGCUGUGUAGCAUCCCAUUGAGGUUUGUGAGGCUCAGGUGGGUGCACCAUACGCAUUUCAUCACAGAAUCAUGGCCUUAGCAACUAGAAGCACCUUGUGCUUGUAGUUUGUAAGUCUUGGCUUUCAGGUUUACCGUACAAUGUAUGUUGAAAUGAUUGUAUUCUCAUAAAUACCAGCAGUUAGUCAACUAAUCAUUAAUUCAUAAUUGAGAAUGUGCAAAGGAAUUCAGGACACUUGCUCACUACUAAAAUUUGUUUUUAUCUUGCUAUACGCUUAAAUAUUUGGGGUUUUCUGUGUACUUACUACAACAAUGUGCUUUGGCUCUGCCUUUUACUAGAAUCUGAACUAUUUAUGUGUCAAUGAAAUGGAACUUCCCAUGUAGGAUUCUUUCCUAAUGAGUACAUCUGUGUGCCCUCUGAUGGGAGGAAUGUAAGCCGGAGUAGUUAGUGCUCAUGUGGACACACCUGUGAAUUUGAUUUUACUUUAAUUAUCCUGCAGACAGGGUGUAUCAAUAUGCAACUUAACAAAAUUUUACUGAGUACACACACGUAAGUGAAAGUGCUUGAACACGUCAUGCAAACAUGCAGCACUUCAUAUUUAAGGCUAUUUACAGCUCUGCACCCUGCUCUCCAGGAUGUAAGCGCACGUUGAUACCUGAGAUUGUGUUGGCACAGAGCGUGAAAGCUCGUGCACGUGAGGUUAGCAUAGUCGGCCAUUCAAAUAAGAAAAUCAGAUACGCAUGUGCACAUAUCUAGGAGCAGAACUGGGCUUUUUGAUGUCUAUAAUUCUAGUGAUUAAAGGGGUGAUCCUGAAGGAUGCCAAAAACAUCUGCAAAGAGCCUUUGAGAGCUGUUCCAUGCUCCUUGGGUCAGCUCCUUGGGAUCGUGCUCUAAGAUUACAGCAAGCUGAUGUACUAGGUAUUUGUAUAAUCUUAAUUUAUGUUUCAUGUAAACUAGUGUAAUCCUCCUUAAAUUAUUCUAAGAUAAUUCUAAUAAUCUGCAGUUGCAUAUACCUGUACAAUAACCAGAAAGUUUACAGACCUUAUAAGUUGUAUAAUUUUGAUGGGUGAUCCAGUAAGGUAAGUCAAGGGAGAUUUAAUAUAUUUAAAUGGAAAACAGCUCUUGUUUCUUUUUAAAUAAAAUUUAUUUAUAUCUGUUUAA